AUGACCAAGUUGUUCACCCCCAUCCGCGUAGGGCGCAUGGAGCUCUCCAACCGCAUCGCCAUGGCGCCCAUGACCCGCUUCCGCGCCGACGACAGCCACGUCCCCCUCCCAAUGGUCAAGGAGUACUACGCACAGCGCGCCGCCGUGCCCGGCACCCUGCUCAUCACCGAAGCCACCUUCAUCUCUCCCCAGGCCGGUCUCUACCCUAACGUGCCCGGCAUCUACAACGACGCUCAGAUCGCCGCCUGGAAGGAAGUCACCGACGCCGUCCACGCCAAGGGCUCAUACAUCUACGUCCAGCUGUGGGCGCUGGGCCGCGUCGCAAGCGCAGAUCUGCUCAAGGCCUCAGGCUUUGAGGUGGUCUCUGCCAGCGACAUCCCCGCCUCCGCAGACGCGCCGACCCCGCGCCCUCUGACCGAGGAAGAGAUCCAGGCCUAUAUCCAGGCCUACGCGCAGGCCGCGCGCAACGCGGUCGCAGCCGGCUUCGACGGCGUCGAAAUCCACGGCGCAAACGGCUACCUGGUGGACCAGUUCAUUCAGGACGUGAGCAACAAGCGCACCGACCGCUGGGGCGGCAGCAUCGAGAACCGCGCCCGCUUCGCCGUCGAGGUGACCCGCGCCGUCGUGGAGGCUAUCGGCGCCGACCGCACGGGCAUCCGCUUCAGCCCGUACAGUACGUUCCAGGGCAUGAGGAUGGAGAACCCGCAGCCGCAGUUCGCGCACCUGGCGCGCGAGCUGGCCCCGCUGAAGCUCGCUUUCAUGCAUCUGGUUGAGGGCCGUAUCGCGGGCAACACUGACACCGAGUCCGCCGAUGAGCUGGACUUCUUCCUGGAUGCGUAUAAGGGCGCUGGGCCUGUUAUCAUUGCCGGUGGGUAUCAGCCUGAGUCGGCGAAGGAGGCGGUGGACCAGAAGUACAAGGACCAUGAGGUGGUUAUUGGAUUUGGUCGGCCAUUCACCUCGAACCCGGAUCUGCCGUUCCGCCUCAGGCAGAAUAUUCCUCUUGUGCCGCACCAGCGGGACACGCUGUAUUUGCCCAAGGACCCCAAGGGGUAUACCGAUUGGGCGUUCAGCGCUGAGUUCGAGAAGGUUGCGGAGGCUGUGAAGGCUACAGCUUGA